GCUGCUGUCACGCUUUUGGUAACUACGUAUAGGGUCCAGGUUGGGCUUCACACGGCGACGUCGGCCUUUGGAUUUUAUAUCCAUUAGUUUUAUCGCCGAGGGGAGACCUGCGCCGUGGAGAAGCGACCCGGGGGAAUCUUCCCCUUGAAUGGCCUCCGCUUUUUAAAACACAAGCAAGCGUUGAGCGGAGAGUUUGCUGCUGGCUACUGGAUGAAUGCUGCGAGCACUGUGGUUUCGGCUGUGGCGGGGAGGAGCGAACGGCUGAAACACAAGGUGUACGAGGCGACAGGCCUUGGGGAAGUGUUCAACGACAGCAAUGUGCACCUCUCUGUCAAGUCCAGCCCGGAGAAAACGGCAGCGGCGCUUUCGCUGCUCGCGGAGAGGGAGGGCCUCAUCACCAAGCUGAACGACUCAGGGAGCUGGCGGAAGCGUCGCGCGCUACUCGUUCCCCACACCUUCCUCUACUACUUCUCUGAGCACACGGCCGAGACGGACCUUCGCCCUCACGGCGUCAUCGACCUCGAGCUCUACACGGACAUCCAGGUCGUCGACGGCAACCUGUUGAAGCUCGCGCCCGGAGAUGAGACGAGCCCCAUCCGCACGUUCUACCUGAGGCUGAAGGACGGGGACGAGGCGGAGGAAUGGGCGCAGGCGAUACGAGACACCCGGUUCAGGUUGGUCCGAGACGAGAGGGAUGCUCUCCGAAGUGCCAAGAUGAGCCUGUCAGACCAGCUUGUCACCCACGAGGAGGCGAUACACGAGUCUCUGGCCCUGCUCCGAGCCUCGCGGGGCAGGGAGUCCGCCGCCGUCUCCGAGCUGUCCCGGCGCGACGCGGAGGAGGAGCGGCGAGUGGAGCAGGUGCGGGCCCUGCUGGCGGCCUCCACCUCCUCUCCGCCGGCCCAUUGCGACGGCGGCGACAUGACCGACAAUAUUUUGGCCGACCCCCCGGGAUGGGCAAGAAGUGGCCGAGAGAGGCCAAGAAGCUGCAGCAGUAGUUGCACCGGAGGUAGCGACAGCGAAUCAAGUCGCGUCCGAGGCUGCACCUCGUCGUCGUCCUUGCCGGAACGAGCGAGGUCGGAGGCUUCCGCUGUUGCUCGGGGGAUGGGGACUGGAGUCGGCGGGAGGGGAUCUUCGGUUGCCGCGACUUCGCUGUCUGGGCUCGCCGCGCUGGAGGAAGUGAUCGCGGAACGUGCGCAGGAAGUCGCUUCCCUGAAGAUGGCGAACGAGGCCCUUCGAGAAAAGGAGGCCCUCGCAGACGACCGGCGUCGACGAGACGUGGCGGAGGCCCUCCGGCUACGGGACCAGGAGCGAGAGCGCGCGGAAGGCGAAGCCUCCUUGCGAUCGGACCUCGAGGCCGAGCUGCAACGCCUCCGGGAGGAGCUCGCGGACUGCAGAGCCGGCAGAGAAGAAGCCAGGGUCAACCUUGGGGUGGUGGCGGCGGCUUGCCGAGAGGCGGAGGCGAAGUCGAGGGAGCUGCAGGAGCACCGGCGGGUGCUGGCGCGUGAGGUGAAGGCCAGCAGGGCCGAGCAGCGGCGGUUGUCUGCCGCGCUGAGCUUUGCCACGACGGCGGCCGCUGCGGCUGCCGCCACGGUGGCGGCAGCGAAGGCGGAAGCGUCGGCGGCAAAUGCCGCCGACGCUGCCGCCUCCGCCGCCGCGUCGUCCGGUAGCCGGGACCGGUCUUCAUCGGCCGCCGAGGACUUACGGGAAGAGUUUGCAGGGCGUGGUGAAGUAGAGGAAGGAACGGGGUGCGUCGGCGGGGAAAUCGGGCACGAUUUUGAGAGACCACCCGGCGGUAACGCGUUGACGUUGCCGUCGCCCGAGGGACAGCUUGGAGAGGAACAGGGCGCGGCGCAGGCGGCGGUGGAGAUGGCCGCUGAGACACCCGACGGCAGCGGGUCGGUGCAAAGCGGUGGCGACGGCGGCAGCGGGCGCGUUGCGCCCGAUAGUCCGGAGGCCACGGAGGAAACACUGUCGGACAUCGCGAUGGCCCAAACCGCUCCGGUGGUGUGGGUUCGACCCUCGUCGCUGGACAUUGCGGGAGUUAACUCGCGGCGGCAAGGACAGAGCCAGGAAAGCACAGGCGGGUCCGAGAGCGGCGCCACCUCUCCCGAGGAGGGGUCUCUCGUGUUUCCUGGUGCAACGGAUGCUUGCGAAGGCGUCGGCGACGGCGGCGUUAGCGGAGGUAGCGGCGAAGGGGGGUCGGGAUCACGACCGGAUGGUGGCGGUUUCGACGGCGGUCCGCCUACCGUAGGGGAUGAAGGACCUUCGCGCCGCCGCGACGAGGGGCGUUUCGCGGCGUCGAAGAGUCCGUCGCCGCCCGCCGCAGGGGGAGGCGUGGGCUUUGGCGAGGAGGGAGACGAAGAGCUGGAGGAGGAGACUUGUGCCGAUGGUGGCGUAAAGGACGCAGGAGGCAAAAAGGGGGAGCAAGGAGAGGAAGGCGCGCGUGACCGGUCCUCGCCGUCGCCGCUGCCGCCGUCAACGUGCGGCGGCAAACACCCGCUGGGAACGGGAGUAGAGACCGGCGGCGGCGGCGGCGGCGGCGACCGUAGCUCCUCUCCCGCGGCGACGGCGGCGGCGACGGCGGAAGCGCUCGCCGCGGCCUUCGGCGAGUCGUCCUCGUUGCGGCUGAACCAAAUGGUGGCGUCGCUGUCGGCGGGCCUUCGAGAGACCAGGAAGGCUCGCAGGAAGCCUCUCCUCGGGCAACUGGACGAUGACGACGAAAGCGACGGUUGCGACGGCGGAGGGUUGAACGCGGGCCCCUCUCCGAUCAGCCCGGACGAGGACGACGACGGCGGCGUCACCGACGGCACGGGGACGGACGGCGGGGACUCUCGCCACGACCCCACCGCAACCGCCGCAACAACAACGACUCGGAAAAACGGCGGCGGCGGCGGCAACGGGGCGUGGUCGGCGUGGUCCACGGUGGGAGGUGGUGGUGGUGGUGGUGGCACCGGCAGCAACGGCAGCCACCACGGACCACCGCCGCUGUCGCUCGCUAAUGACGAGGAGGGGCGGCGGAGCGGCGGUGUUUCUUCGGCGAUGACGGCGUCGAUGACGGCAUCGAUGACGGCAUCGAUGGCAGCGGCCGGUGGUGGGUCUGCGGACGACGGCGGGGACGAGCGGUGUGGUCGCGACGUGCCGGAGGUGUUUGUGGGCGCGUUUGCGGGGGAAUCGGCACCGAAAACACUAUCAGGGGCGGUAGCUUCUGCUUCUGCUGCAAGUGAAGAUCAAGGGGUAGUGGCUCCACUGCAUGGACCGUCGUCUUCAACGGAGGUGGCAACUUCCACCGCUUUCGUUGCCGCGGAGGGCUCGGGUUCGAAGACGGCCGCCGCGCUGCUACGGAACCUCGGCAGGCCGGACGGGGAAGGCGGUGAGGGAAUGGACGCACAAGAGGGGCCGCAGAUUCGGGAGGACGACGAAUCAGCUUCGUCGUCGUUGGCUUUGACGCAGCUGAUUCGAGGCAAAAGCGGGGGCGGAGACGUGGAUGAAGGUGGUGACGGUGCUGCUGCAUCAGGAUUGGUGGGAGUGGUGGCGGUGGUAGGGGAAGAUACGCACGGAGGAGCAGGUGUCGGUGUGGGCGACAAGAGUGUUGGUGAAGCGGCAGUGGCCGUGGCAUUGGCGGCGGCUGAACGGGGGGGUCGUCUGUCCGCGGAGGCGGCGGAGGCGGCGCGGCGGUGGGAGGCCAAGCUGAAAGGGUCGUUCGUUACGAUGGCUAGCGAGGUGCGGUGGGGGAUGGCUCCGCAGCGGUCGAAGGACGUGAAGUUUUUCAAGCCUUGAAGUUGAAGCCCUGCACUUUUGUUCCGUGUCCCUCCUUGGUGUCCUGGUCAACGUUUUCGUGUUUAUUUGGCACACUUGUUGUUUGAGACCCAACAUGUACAUUCUUCGGCACGUAAGCUUGGUGUCAUGCUGGGACGAUUGGAGACCGGCCUUCAAACGCCCUCGGUGGGUUCGAUGUUUUCUUCAUCGUCGUUUUUUCUCUCGAUUCGACCCGAGGGGGGGUUGACGGCGCUUUUUUGCCUGGGCACGCGAGAGAGCGAAGCUCGUGUGAGGAAUUCUCGGAUCACUUGGAUCUUGCUUCCUUGACUGAGACUCGAUGAGGCCAACCCUUUCACUAGUCCGGACGGGUGACUGUCGCGUCGCCGUUUACUUGGUUGACUAUACUGUUGUCUUUUGUGCGGGAUGACCAUCGGUGGCUUCGUUUUUGUGGGCUCCCCUUGCUUCUCCUUGGUUUUUGGUGUUUGUUACAUACAGACUACCUACCAUCUGUCCGAGCAUGGACGGCACUAACACUAUCAUUGUUGCUAGCACGUCACGUCGGUCGGGGUGUUGAAUUGCGUAGCCAUUCACCCUUGGCACGACGUAUCGCGCUGUGGGAACAGCAGUAGAGGGCAAGAGGCUUCACAGCUUCUACACACCGCUAAACCUACAUGUCCCGAAUAUCGUCCAAGAGGAACGAGUGUUUUCCGAGGGAAGAAACUGUGUGCCGGUCGCAGGUGAUUUUUUUUCUGUGCGCUGGAUUAAGCCGGUAUUUGCGAUUCGAGACUGAGCUCAUGGCUCUCAGCUCCCCUCGCAAGCGCCUCUAGUCUCACAUUACGGGCGCUACAGGCUGCCUAUUUUCCUUGUCCCCCAUGCUGCUGCUGUAUCUGUCUUGUUUUCUCCAGAGGGAAACCCGGGCUGUCCCAUAUUCAGCAUCCGUACAUUGAAGUCUACACCACCACCUGCGAUUCUCAACUUUUUCUCUGUUCGUAAACAACCAACUGAAGAUACCUUCAAGAGAUCGCUACUACAAGUAGUCUAGACUAGCCGGUCUACUUGCUGUGAGUGCCAUCUGCACUGCUGUAGAUAAAGCGAAAUCAAGUGUCCACAACGCGAUGGAAUAAUAGCGUUCGUGACCAUGGCGAGACGUGUCCUACACCCUGGUGUGUGAUUUGGUGUGCGAUAGGAUCAUGUGCCGAGCAUCCGAGGCAAAGGUCAGGUAUCAGUAUCCGAUCUGGUUGUAAAGGAUCCGAGGGAAUCACGUGACACGGGAGGGUUGGGGUAUGUGUGUGACGUAUUGCGAUGAAUCCAGGGAACCCCGAAGAGCCAACUGACGCCUUCCGCGCUAGAGUGUGCAGCGGUCCAGUUGAUGAUGUUCCCCGAAUACGAAAGCUCCAAAAAGUGUGUCAGGGUGCUUCGGUGGGGUGUAGGCCCAGUUCCGCGGGUUAAAUUGAGUGCCC